UCUAAGCCUAUUCUUGAUGAAGUAAGCAUACUUACAGCUAUUGCUCUCUUCCUUUGGUCAGCAAGCACUGAAAUAAUUGGAGUGCAGUCUUUACAAAAUGGAUGUAUGAACAGAUUUAAAAGUGCAUUAAAUUCCUGUGAUCCUUGGGUUCAAGCCAAGUGUUACCAGCUUCUGCUUUCUGUAUUCCAACACACCAAUCGUGCCCUGUCAACUCCAUAUAUUCAUUCGUUGGCCCCUAUCAUGGUUGAGAAGUUGAAAGCUGUGGAAAGGAGCCGUCCAAACAACAACCUGGAGCUGUUAGCAGUCCAGGAAGGAAUUAAAGUCCUUGAAACGUUGGUUGCCCUUGGUGAGGAGCAAAAUAGAGUCCAGUUGCUUGCCCUUCUCGUUCCCACUCUGAUCUCCUAUUUACUGAAUGAAAAUGCCUUUGCUUCUGCAUGUACAGCAUCUAAGGAUCUUCAUGAAUUUGCACUUCAGAAUCUAAUGCACAUUGGUCCACUUUACCCACAUGCUUUCAAGACAGUAAUGGGAGCUGCUCCUGAGUUAAAAACACGUCUAGAAACUGCAGUCCGAGCAAGUCAGGCCAGCAAAGCAAAAGCAGCUGCUCGGCAACCACCACCCACAGUACAUUCCACCCCAACAAUUAAACUGAAAACCAGCUUUUUUUGAAUUACUUUUGUUAUCUUUGGACCAUUAAGUGGUCAGAAGCAUUACAUUAGCCCUGAUGUGUUCCUGCGUAUAUGUCUAAUUUUGCGUAGUUUGUAUGUGAAAGGCUGUCUAAUAGAGCUUUGUGUAAUUACUUGGAAAUCCAUGCGUUACAAGGGAAGUGGCGUUACUUGUAUAGAUUUUUAGGAAACUGAAUGUGAUCAUAUUUAUGAAUUUGUGUUAUAAAUUAUCCACCAAAAAACCCUAUUCUCUAGCUGACUAAAUAGUUUUAUUUAUUUUUAAAAGCUACCGCAAACCUUUGAGUCGUUUUUGAAAUCUGGUGAUUGUUAUCAUACCAUUAUGCCAACACAUGAACACAGUGGGGAUGGAGGGAAGAGGAGAAACCAUUAU